AUGUUUUUCCCCGUUUUUCCCCUCCGUUUCCCCCGGUGCCACCGCGUCGUCAGCUGGGUCCCGAGGUACGCUCAGCUGGACUUCACCACAUUGGACCAGCGCCUGGGCACCGUGGAGGAGCUCCGCGAGUUGACCAGCGAAGCGCACCGCCUGGGGAUGUACGUCAUCAUCGAUGUGGUGAUGAACCACAUGGCCAAUGAAUUUUACUUCGAGGGCCACGAGGAGACACAAGCGCCCUGGAGAUUUCACGAGAAUCGCGGCGAGCGAGAAUAUUUGCUCUUUCCAAGGGUGAAAGAGGAGAAUUUGUACGACACGCCUGAGGGCAAACAACCUUACCUGGAUUUUUGGUACAACAACACAUGGAAUUCUAGCGCGACCUACAACGGCACCCUCUAUGGGCAGUAUGGCGAGUGGGUGGAUGACACUGGCGCUGGAACUUAUAUCGAUUCAGAUUUCCACCACAAUGGCGAUCUGAUUGAUUACUUCGAUGCCUGGCAAAUCAACUAUGGCAAGAUCUAUGGCGUCAUGGAUGAUCUGCGGUUGGAGCACGAGCGCGUCCAGAAGAAGUACAUUGCCAUGACCAAAGCUCUCAUCGAGAGUGUGGACGUGGAUGGCUUUCGUGUGGACACGCCCAUGCAGGUUCCCUUGAACUUCUACAAGGUUUGGGCUCCCGCCAUGCGGGAACACGCCAAGAGCUUGGGGAAGGACUCCUUCGGCAUUUUCGGUGAGUUCUACGUGACGCCUGGGCGCUACGCCACCAUGACGGGUCGCGGCAGGGACAACACGAUGUAUGGCCAGGAGAGAUACAUCGAUGACGUCUCCACCCUAAAGGGUGGCAUCGUGUAUCCGUACUACUGGUACAUCUUCACCUCCCUGGUCUAUAACGAUGCGCAAUAUGCUGACGGCCUGGCGUUAGCAUACCGGGAAGAGAACAAGAUGAUCGACACCUAUGACCCCAUGACACAGCGAAAAGAGUAUGCCAUGUGGAACUUCUGCAACAACCAUGACAACUGGCGUCUGCAGAGCAUGACUGGGAGGGACCAGAUGAGGAUGUGCCUGGUGGUGGUGACCUUCUGGCCCGGCGUGCCGCUGCACUACGCAGGCGACGAGCAGGACCUGGACACCCCGGGCAGCGCCUUGGACGGCUGGUCCCGCGAGGAGCUGAGCCCGUCCAUGGCCUGGCGCGCCGUGGCCACGCAGCCAGGUGGCAACCCUGCAGAUAACGACAACUUUGACAUGACUUCGGAGUCCUAUCAUUACAUUGCACGACUGAACGGCCUGCGGGAGGCCUACUUCGGAUCCUUUGGCUCGGAAAUGUGCGAUCAGGUGACGACGCCAGAGCCGCAGAUCCCCAACGUCCUGGUCUUCGAGCGCGGCUGCAGCAGCGCCCAACGCCUGGUGGUGCUGGCGAACUUCCAUCAGAACAGCGGCUCGGGCGGAUGGGGCGGACGGGGAUUCUGCAGGUUCGCCAUGGAGCCGCAAACAUCCAGGGGUUAG